AUGAGAGAGACGGGGGGUCAGUCGAUCUCGAUCCCUCGAAUCUCUCACACGGGUGCUCUCCGCCCGUGAACAAUCACAUAGUCAUGAACCGUAGUGAAACGUUCAUGGAACCUGAGAAUUUUGUCACUUUUGAGCUCGUGGUUCACGGGUUUCUGGUCCUGAUCAUUGGUACCAUUGGCAUCAUUGGGAACAUCUUCUGCUUGCUGGUUCUUUGUCGUCCUUCGAUGAGGAACAGCAUCAAUUGUCUUUUCAUCGGAUUGGCCUUCAUUGACAUCCUGUUGAUCCUUUCUGCAUUCGUCAUGUUUUCAUUACCGGCGUUCCAAGUUUAUGUGGAACGCAAGUUCAUGUGGAAUGUGAUCGACGUCUACCAAUAUACCACCCCAUUCGUGUAUCCAAUAGCCAUGAUUACGCAGACAGCUUCCGUGUACAUGACCUUGACCAUCGCCCUGGAGAGGUAUCUGGUGGUCUGUCUACCAUUGAAAUCGAGAAGCAUUUGUACUUAUGGACGGGCCAAGCGUUGUGUCUUCACCGUCAUCAUUUUCUCCACUUCUUAUAAUGUGACUCGUUUCUUGGAAUAUAGCUUCGAGACGUUUGUGAUCGAUGAGGAACGAGGGAUCACGGUCACGUUCCUUCAGAGCACAGAUCUGCGCGAGAACCCCCUGUAUAUCUCGAUCUACAUCAACUGGCUUUACAUGGUAUUCAUGUGUUUGGUUCCUUUCUCCGUGUUGUUCCUGGUGAAUCUCCGGAUUGCUUGGGGCAUUCGCCAAGCUCGCAUGGAACGCUCGAGAAUCAGCAGUUCGCAAAGAAACGAAGAAAGCCUCGCCAUCAUGUUGAUGGUGAUCGUGUUCAUUUUCAUUGCGUGCAACACGCCCGCCAUGAUUUCCAACAUCAUGGAGACGUUCCAGAUUCAAGCCGUGAAAUUGACCCAGAUCUCAAACCUGUUGAUCGUGUUUAACUCGUCUAUCAGUAUCUUCAUCUACACGACUUUCAGUCGCAAGUUCCGUCGGAUCCUGUUGCAAGUAUGGCAUCGAAAAAGGCCCGAGGAUGACGUAUUAUUUCGAUGGAAAGCUGAAGGGGGACCCAAUCUCACUGGGAACCGAUCCACACGUACAAUUUCUGCCAGACGUGGGGCUCGAGUUUUGACAGCCACCACAUCGCUCGAGUUCCAAAGAGAGAUAUCCUCAUGAGAACGUCGGGAACCCUUCUCUUUCUCACUCUGAUUAUGGACACAGUAGACGGAUCAAAUCCGUAAAUGUACCUGAGAGAGAAAAUUGUUGGCUCAUGGAGAUUCUCAAUCAAACAAACAACAAUUUCAAGAGGAGGGGAUGAAAACGUUCGUGAUUUUACUGCCCAACUUGGACGACUUCGAACCAGAAAUACUUUCCGUUCAAACUUCCAUUGUUGAGUGUUCUUGGAACCAAAUUCAGUUGUUCGUAACUCUUCUAUUGAAAAAGAUGAUAACAAGUCUUUGGGAAAAAAGAAGAGAUGAUGAAAAUUUAGUGUUCUGAUUAUCGGCAUUGUCGGACCACCUAGUAAUGAGAGUGGGAAGAAAAACUUAAACGCACAAUCUCUCUCAUUUUUGUAUUUAUUCAGUUGUUGAAGAGAUCAAUAUACAUCGUAUAUUUCCCAUAUUAAAAGUGAUUUCGC